ACAACUUUUUCCGCCGACGUCAUUAUGGCGGGAGGAAAUGCCUGUGACAAUUUCAACUAAAUAAGUUUACACCCCCAGUUAAAUGUUUGAACUCAUGUCGACGUGGUGAAUGGACGUUGUGAAAGAGAGCUAACGAAUGCUGAAAUGUCUACAUCUUCGGUAUCAAAGGGUUGUUUUGUUUUCAAGCCAGACGCCCAAAAGAAGAAGAAGAGUUAUUUCGGUUUAGAGGACUACUUUACGCAUGGCUGUGAAGGCUCUGAGACCAGUGAACUACGCUUCAGAAUCUUCCAUGAUCUGUGGAACAAAAUAAAAACGCAUACAGAGCUUUUGCAGGAUGAACUCAACAGGCAAAUCCUGGACAGCUUGCUGGACUUCACCAGGAAGUGCUCCUCCACUCGUCACCAAAGUGACUGGGCCUCACGGAUGAGGGCCAGCGAGAUUCCCACAGCAGCGCUUAUGCUUGGUGUGAAUGUGCCGGACCAUGACAUGACCUUCCAGAGCCUGUCUGAGCUGCUGCAGCAGUCUGUCACUCCUCAUGUGGCCUGUGUACAGGCCAAAGAGUGUGCAGCAUUGAAGCACUUGAUGAAGAGGGUCUUGGAGAGGUUGAUGGACACUGUGGUGGCUUUUGAUGAUGACGACAAUGAAGAAGAAGUGGUGUCUGACCAGACAAGCCCUCCCAUGCACAAGAAUGUGCAUUGUUCCCUGAGCUCUCUCUGUGAAUGGUACAGCACUCAAACAAAGAAAUCAGACACUCCUGGGAAAAAGCGCAGGUCUCCGAGCAUUGAUCAGAGUCCCCCCAUUGUGGUUAUUUUUAAAGAUUUGGAGGCCUUCAACCACAAAGUUCUUCAGGACUUCAUACUCAUCUGCAGUCGCUACAUCGAGCGGCUUCCCCUCAUGUUCAUCUUUGGCAUUGCCACGUCACCUAGCACCAUCCAACACAUGCUCCCCCACUCUGUGUCGUCGCUGCUGUGCAUCCAGGUCUUCCAAUCUCUGUCGUGUACUCAGCAUUUGGCGACUGUCAUAGACAAGUUGAUCCUGACACCUCAUUUCCCAUUUAAGCUGACUGGCAAAGUGAUGCAGGUGCUUAUCAGCGUCUUCCUGUAUCAUGACUUCUCAGUGCGGAACUUUAUCAAGGGCAUUCAGCUGGCCCUGCUGGAGCACUUCCACUCACAGCCUCUCAGUGUGCUGUGCUGCAAAAAGAAGGAAGCUCUGCAUAACAUCAUGCAACUCAGUCAUGCCGACCUGGAGAGGAUCAGGAAGUUGCCAUCAUUCACAAGGUAUGUUGAGAAGCAGGAAUCUGAAGAGAAGGCUGAACUGUUAAAGAAUGACGCUCAAUUCAGGGAGGUUUGCCACAAGCUGAUCAAGGACCUUCACAAGUACCACAAGAAUUAUUACCCUACGCUGAAGUGUCUCCACGCGUUAACCUCGUCAUUGCCUCGCUACCCCCUCGGAAAACAGAUCCGAGAGCUCCAUUUAAUUUGCCUGGAGAAGAGUGUUUGGGAGACUGAGGAUUACCAGUCAGCCUUGAAGCUGCUUAAGAUGUUGGCGAAAGACGAGCUGAUUACUUUGCUCCAGAGGUGUGCAGAAAUCCUGCAACCCGUCAAGUCAAAGAAGAUGAAGACCGCCUUUGUGCAGCUGGAAGACAUGCUCACCAAAUUGAAGCAGUUGGAUGCUGCCAGUGAGGUGGCUCAAUGUGAGGAAGGAAGUCUCACCUCUCCCGUGAAGGACCUUCAGAAAAAGACUGAUCUGUUCCAGCUGCAAAAGGCUCUUCUAGAGAUGAAUGAGUCCAGAAGAUCCAAGAAGCAGAGUCCUUUUGAGAUCCUGCGAAGUGAAGCACUGGAGUUUAUCGACAACCUCGUAAAGAGUCAUCUUUCUCCUCCAGAGUGUCAGACACUGAAUGAAGUCUGCUACUACAGCUCCUCGUCCUCUGUCAGACGCCACCUCAACGCGACACCCCGCACCUCCAUUCAGGCUGCACUCAGCAGUCCUUACUAUUAUCUUUUGAAUGAUAAUCUAAAAACAGAAGAUGGGAACGUCUCCAAUGCAGCGCCUGACAUCUGUCUCACAUACAAGCUGCACCUGGAGUGUGGCCGCCUCAUUAACCUCUACGACUGGAUGCAAGCCUACGCCACUGUAGUGUCGGCUGCAGAGGGCCACGAUCCAGAUUCUGACAACUUUGGGAAAGUGGACGACGUUAAACAUGCUCGGUUCAUCCGGGCUGUGUCAGAGCUGGAAUUUUUGGGCUUCAUCAAGUCCACCAAGCAGAAGACAGACCAUGUGGCCCGACUCACUUGGGGGGGAUGCUGACCCAUCCAAAUAAAUAACAUGCAAAUUGUU